AUGUCGUGUCAGCCAAAUGCAGACGAUAAAUACAACAUUGUAUCAAACAAAGAGGUCGUAGAUCCUGGACUCUCUGAUUCUAGUGGAAAUAUCUUACGUGACCAUUUUGCUGUUACAUUUGAUGUCAAAGCCUCAAAACCUGCACCGGUACGGAAAUUGGUUUCUUACAGAAAACUUCGCGCAAUUGACAUUGAUUCUUUUCGAGAUGACAUACGGAAAAUGGAAUUCUUCAACAAAGAGUGUAUCCCUUUUGACAUAGAUGGUUUUAUGAUGGAAUAUUCAGACAGUCUAACCUCUAUUUUGGAUAAACAUGCUCCGAUGAUUAACAAGACUAUUACAUUGAGACCUGCUUGUCCGUGGUAUACAGAGCAACUCCACGAAGCCAAACAUGAAAAACGUAAACUGGAACGGAAAUGGCGUGAAACUAAACUUACAAUAGACCAUCAGAUCUACAGAACACACUGUUCUAGUGUUAACAAGAUGUUAAAACAAGCUCGUGUAGAAUACUAUACAAGUAAAAUAGAGUCUUGUGGCAAAACUGGCAAUGAUCAUAAAAAUCUAUCUAAGAUUACCAAAGGUCUACUUGGAGAUACAAAUGAAGUGAUUCUACCAUUUGAUUCAUCUUCAGAGCGCCUUGCCCAGAAAUUCAGUGACUUCUUUAUCGGAAAGAUUGAAAGAAUAAGGAAUAACAUACGUUCUCAAACACAAUCGGUACCGGAUAAUGUAGAUAUGGAAUCUGAAUAUACGGGUGUCAAAUAUACUGUGUUUGCUCCAACCACAGAGCAAGAAGUGAAAGCAUUGAUUAAAAAAUCAGCCACCAAAUCCUGUGAGUUAGAUCCCAUUCCAACAUGGCUGUUAAAAGAAUGCCUAGAUGAACUAACACCAGUGAUAACCAGUUUUAUAAACGUGUCCUUGGAUGCUGCUUAUGUACCAAAAAUGUUCAAACACUCACGAAUAAGACCACUUCUAAAGAAACUAAAUCUAGAUCCUAACGAACUGAAAAACUAUAGGCGUGUGUCUAACUUGCCAUUCCUGUCUAAAAUCUUGGAAAAGGUCGUUGACGUACGACUUGAGAGCUAUUUGAAGACAAAUAAACUACAAGAGGUCAACCAAUCUGCUUAUCGCAAGUUCCACUCGCCCGAGACUGCAUUGAAAGAGGAUGUGACAAGACUUCAGAGGUAA